AUGUCGUCCCCAAGACGCUCGGGUCGCAUUGCUGCGCAACAGAAAUCUGACAUCGCGACUGGACUACUGCAACCUGCCCGGGGGCUGCGUGUGAAAAGGAAGACUGCAAAGUUCACUCUCUUUCCUAAAUUACCGUUUGAGAUACAGCACGAAAUAUGGUCCUUUGCAAGCCAGGCCCAACAAGCGGAGACACGCAUACUCCCCAUUGCCCCCGACUCGUUCUUUGAGGGCCCCGAAGAUGCCCCAUUUAGAAUCAUGGCCAGGAAGAAGUCAAAGCUUCGGAUCGUUCCAAGCCUACUGCACGCUUGCCCAGCCUCAAGGUCUUUGUCGAUGAAAUCAUACACACUAUGGCCUUGUACAAGCUCAUACGGUUUUCGGAGAGAUGGAACCUAUAUUUAUGUCAACAAAGCACACGACACCUUUUACUUUGGCGGUAGGGGCACCGAAAUCGAGGACUUUUGGUACUUGGCUACAGCCGAUGAGGAGGUUCACCAGCCCGAAGAUCACACUGCGAGGUUCAGGUUCUUCGAUGCUAUGGAUGGAGUGCGACAUAUUGGGUUGGAUUGGGAGCUCUGGCUUGAUGCUCUGGGCGAUGAGGACUGCCGUGUCUUGUGGAUAUCAAACGUUAUUUUUCACAAUUCCGAAUUUCGGCAAUUGACAAUUGGAAUCCACAAUAGUUCUACUGCACUGCUGGACAGGCCCUUUCGUGAUACAUAUCACGUCCGAAGUAUCACGCCAGGCACUCUUAGAGCAAGGUGUGCAUCCUUCAUUUCUGACUGGAUAAAGGUCGAAUUGGCGACACUCCCGCAGGCGUUCGAACGGGUGUUUCAACAAGACUACUCUCUCCCCGAGCUGCAGGUGGUAGAUCUCUCGUCAAACAAAAACGAGGAUUCCCCAAAGGACUCGGAUUACCUCGAUAUCAUCAUGUUGCCUCGUCCCCAAACGCCAAUACAUCCUUAG